AUGGCGCGAAAUGACUCCGCGAGCGGUUCAGUGAUGCAACAGUUGCUGCCAGCAGCAGCGCCUACUUCGUCAGUAGAGGAUAUGUCUGAUUGUUGCUCCAUGGACACAUCAACGGCACCCAACUCGUGCGAUCAAAGCGUCCAGGUAAACAUCAGGUCAACUUCAAGCGUGCUUGUUACUGAGAGAGCCAAAUGGAUAAGGAAAGAAAAGGGCUUGAGGAGUCAGCUGCUUAGACUGCAACAGACCGUCGACAAAUACAAAAUGGAAUUGAAAAGGCUACACGAGGAUGCCCUAGUGGCGGAUGUUUCUUACAUCAAGGAAAGGGCGGAAGAAAAGGAACCUGCAGCUCGAUUCUUGAUUGAUCAAAUCCAGAACUUCAGGAAGAAGAGGCCAAGCUGGUGUGAGGAGACAACCCGACGUUGUGUAGUUUUAAGGCAUCUGUCGGCAAGGGCAUAUGAACACAUUCGCGGUGAAAUGCUUCUGAAGCUUCCUUGCAGGAAGACUUUGAGCAACUACUUCGGAACCACUAGUGGAGAAACAGGCUUCAGCAAACUCGCCGAAGAUCGCCUUAGAGUAGAAGCUGAGAGCUUGAGUGUACCACAGUCAAGAGUGUGCUCACUCAUAGUGGAUGAAAUGAAAAUCAAGGAAAAGUUAGCCUACAACAAAGAGCAGGACUGCUUUGUGGGGCACGCAGACAUCUCUUUGGAACAACAGGGUGGUGACCUCACGUUAGCGAACUCUCUUCUCUGCUUCUUAAUCACUGGACUCUCGACAUCGUAUCGCAUUCCAGUGGCCUACUAUUUCACCAAGGGGUUAACAGGCCCACAGCUUCACAAGUUGUUGAUUUUUGUGCUGGAGAAAGUAGAGGCCUGUGGUUUCAGGGUAGUUCGUUUAGUUAGUGACAACCACAAAGUUAAUGUCAAUGCCAUGAAACUUCUUGGAGAUGGUAUUCUUACGUACAGGAUAACACAUCCCUGUGACUGCGACAGACUCCUCUUUUUAAGUUUUGAUCCGUGCCAUGUUUUAAAAAAUGUUCGCUCGCAGUUUUUGGCACAGAUUGGCCCGAAAGGAGAGGUCUCGUCCUGCUACAUCAAGAAGCUGAACGAACUACAGAAGGACCUGGUUGUAAAGCCUGUCCGCUACCUUGGCCGCAAACAUGUUUACCCGAAUAAUAUAGAAAAAAUGAAUGUCGCAAGGGCAAUUCAGGUGCUGUCGCCUGAUGUUACUGCGGCCCUGGAGCAUCUCAGGAGCCAAGCUGGGCACACAUCAAGUUUCUCAUUCGCAGAUGCAGGUCAGACCAUCAUUUUCAUGCAGAACAUGUAUCGCUGGUUUGUGCUGCAUGACACGAGUAAUACGACCCAGCACAUCCACAAAAAAUGGCCCGACACUCGGCAAUUCGACGAUGCCGAAGAUGCCAGACUGGAGUGGCUUGAGGUAACACUGCCCAUGUACUUGGACAAACCGAAAAAAAGCUGUGGAGAUAAAAAGGAAUUUUUCACGAAAGAAACGUACGAAGCAUUGCUUCUGACCACGUAUUCCACAGUUGCCUGCAUCAAGUACUUGCUCACAGAGGAGAAGUUCCUGUUUGUUCUCACUCGCAAGUUUAAUAGUGACCCGAUCGAGUCGCUGUUUGGCACAUUGCGAAUGUCCGCCGGCUGCAAUGACAUGCAGAAUGUUCGCUCUGUUUUGUCGGGCCCGGAGAAGGUUCUGAAAACUGGAAUUGCAGCAUCCAGUGUGACAUCAAAUGUUGCUCACAGUGAACGUGCACAAAUGUCGACAGGUACCCUGCACACUGAAGCUUCUCCUUCGCCAGCACAGCAGCUUCCUCAGCUACAGAGAGCUGCUUGUGUUUUGCAACGGCUCAACACGACAGUCUUGCCGCAGCAGUUGCCUUCACUAGAAAUUUCGGCAACUGCUUACGUUGGGGUCACUUCAGUCUGCACGAAGCCUGCAAGCAAUCAACCCAUCUUGCAGUUCACUCGCAGCCAGGACCGAGGUGGGCAGCUUUACCCGCCAGACCAGUUGCUGUUUGCCGUUGACGUGCUAAGGACAUUUGCUGAUCGUGCCCUGAAGGACAACCCUGCUCUGCUAAAGCAAUUGUCAACACUGGUGAAGUAUGCUGUGCCAGCCCUGUGUGCUUCAAACCUGCUCAAGUGCAAAGAGAGUGAUGCCAUUCACAGAGUUAAGCUCAUGGAGCUGAUAUCUGUUCGGUUUUUGCGGCCACUGCUGGUGAACUAUGCAUUCAACGUCAGUGACAAGCAUGAUGCAUUAAAAUACUUUGCAAAGAAGCCCCUGUCCCGGAAAUAUGUGAAGCUGUAAGUGCUUAAGGGCUACUGAAAAUACAGGUGCUUACAAAUAAAUGUUUUUUUCAUUAAACGUGUGUAUUCGUAUCGCAUCAAUUUGUUAAUUUUCCAGAAUAUAGAGCCACCAUGCAUGGCAAGUCAAUGUUGGGAAUGCAUGCCCAUCAUGUCCACGCGUAGGUCUGUGCGUACGCGGCAUCUAAAGGGCGCUACGUCGAUGGUUCUUCAGAUAAAAGCUGGAGCUAGCGGUAAGCUGUUAAGGUAGUUAAAGAAAAACAUCGCCUUUCUUCACUUGUCGCAUAUUGAAGCUGGUCCAACGUCCUUGUAAAUAACGACGAAUUGGCGUUUUUGAUGCAGCGAGGUGCGCGGUCGCAUGCUUUUAUUGAGUGAACCUAUCGGUUUGUCUGCUAAUGAAGGUAGGUGAUUGUACGCGAUGUUUUUAGUACUCAUUUAGCGUGGUGUUCUUCGCUUACGGUUAGUGCGUGAAAGCUGGCAGCUAACGCUUUGAAACACUCGGUAAAAUCUUUCAGUGAUUGCACCCGCGAUAUCAACCCUGCGUGGGCACUGUGGGCGUAGCACGCGGACGCUGUUCGAGGUUUGAGCGCAGA